CUAAAAUAUUUGUUGUAUUGGAUUCUUCCAAGCCUCAAUCUUCCGUCUUCCAUUUCAGUCUCUGCAUCAUAUGGUCGCCGCUCUUAGCGGUUCAGCUUAGUAUGAAAAUGGCAUCCUAUUUGUGGAGAAAAUAUGCAGACUAUUUGUACACAAAAUGGGAAAGGACAAUUCUUUGGGACAUGGUAGAGCCAUACAGGAGACCCAAGUCCUUCACUCCACUUGUUGCAACAUACAUCUGUGCAUUUUACACUGGGGUCAUUGGUGCAGCCAUCACUGAGCAAAUCUAUAAGGAAAAACAUUGGGAGAAUCACCCUGGAGAAGCGGUACCUUUGAUGAAACCAAUAUUUUAUGGCGGGCCAUGGAGAGUAAUGAGAGGGGACGUUCCUCCUACCGGAAAAUUUGAGCUAUGAACCAGCUGCCGCAAAUAUACACCCAAAGGUUCCAACCUUCAUUUUGUUUCCGACUCGCUCCAAACACUUGUGCAUAUCUUAUUUGUCACUUCUCAUGUAUGUUUGCUGCCACUCUGAACGCUACACUUCCCCCAACUUUGACACCAUAUAUGAUGACUGUCUAUGACAAUUGUUUGUCUAUGAAUAUGAAUUUGUUUACACAGACAACAAUGCAACUUUCUCAGAACAUGUAUAGAUCGUUGCUUUGUCUAUGUAAAUAAAUUUACCAACCGUUGUUAUCCAUGGUGUUAAACUUGGGGGCAUUAAAGUUUUUUUUUUCCA